AUGACCAUGACCACCUCGCUCGCCUUCUACGGACCUGUCAUACACUCCCUCUCGCCGAACGAGGUUGAGAUUAUCGAUCAUGCGCUCGUGGUGGUUCAAGAUGGCAGAAUAAUCACCUUACAGAAAGCUGUGCCAGCAGACCAAGUCGAGAUUGCCUUCUCCAGCCUAAAACUAGGCGAUGUCCCACUCAGGCGUCUCUCACGAGGCGAGUUUCUCAUCCCGGGGUUCGUCGAUACCCACAACCAUGCACCGCAAUGGGCCAUGCGUGGACUCGGUCGCGGUCUACAUAUCUUGGAAUGGCUCGAUCAAGUCACGUUUCCCAACGAAGCCAAGUUCAAAGAUCCAGAGUAUGCAAGACGGAUUUACACAGACUGUGUGGAAGGGUUCAUCCAGCAAGGCAUUACCACUGUGUCCUAUUACGGAUCGUUGCAUGGAGAAGCGACCAAGAUCUUAGCUGAGAUCUGCUUGGCCAAGGGACAACGGGCUUUUGUUGGGAAGUGCAACAUGGACAGAAAUGCUCCAGAAUACUACCGAGAUUCUGAUACUCAUGAGUCUCUGCGCGUUACUGAGGAAUGCAUCGCUCAUAUCCGGUCUAUCGACCCUAAAGCAGAAUUUGUCACUCCAAUUCUGACUCCACGAUUCGCCAUCUGCUGCAAUAACGACCUGCUGACAGGCUUGGGGAAAAUCGCAAAUCGGAACCCGGAUCUGCCAAUUCAGACACACUUCAAUGAGGCCGAACAGGAGAUCAACUCGACACUUGGUCUCUUCCCCGAAUUUAAGAAUGAAGCAGAUUUGUACGAACAUUUCGGACUCCUUACGCGCAGAUCCAUCCUUGCUCAUUGUACGCACAUGACAGAUUACGAGAUGGAAAAGCUGCAAGAGCUAGAUUGUGGAAUCGCACACUGUCCUAUUGCGAACACGACUGUCGGUGGAGGAUUUAUGGCAGCUCCCAUCAGGGAGUUUCUGCGUAGAGGCAUCAAGGUGGGGUUGGGAACAGACAGUGGUGGCGGAUUCUCGUCGAGUAUCUUGGAUGCCAUGCGCCAAGCUUUCAUCGUUUCGAACGCGAAGGAGUUAAUGACGAAGGGGAAGGAUCCAAGUCUGUCCUUGGAAGAAUGCUUCUAUAUCGCAACGCUUGGAGGAGCGAGAGUCUGUUGUUUGGAUGAGCAGAUUGGUAAUUUCCAGGUCGGGAAGCAAUUCGAUGCAUUGGUUGUCAGUACUGGCAAGCAAAAGGGAGCCACGGUUAACACGAUGACUGAGGAUGGGGAUUCUUUGAGGAUGACUUUCGAGAAGUUCUUGAUGAGUGGUGAUGAUCGCAACCUUACUGAAGUGUAUGCGCGAGGGAGACUGAUAGGAUCACAGACUUGA